UCAUGCUGCUGCCAGGUCCAGAGUCUCUCAUGGGUCCCUGUACGGCCUCCCAUUGCUGCUGUCUCCAUCGCCACACUCUGCCAUGUGCCACUUUCAGGUCUCCUCACACUGCUGGUGUGUUCCAUUUUUUGUCAUAGGGUGCUGGCAGAUUACGGGCCUCCCAUAGCUGCUGCCAGGCCCCUAAUCUGCCAUGGGCCCCUAUACCGCCUCCUCAUGCUGCUGCCAAGUCCAGAGUCUCUCAUGGGUCCCUGUACGGCCUCCCAUUGCUGCUGUCUCCAUCGCCACACUCUGCCAUGUGCCACUUUCAGGUCUCCUCACACUGCUGGUGUGUUGAAAUUUUUUGAC